CGGUUGAGCAGGAAGAAAUGAAUGCGCCUGUUAGGCUACUGAUUCAUACCUAUUGUGUCCUGUGUCUAGGGACACUUUUGCACUUUAAGCUAUCGUAGGAAAAAACGCAUCAGGAAUGGCACAUUUUUGGAUCACAAUUGGUGUGUACCUGUCGAUUUGCUAUAUAUGCUCUGGGUAUGCCAGAGAGGAAGCAUGCAAAUGGGAUCUGAACGCUGAGUUGGGUUUAGACCCGCAGUCUUUCGAUGAUGGCGCUAGCUACAUUGCCAACUUGAUGAAUAUUUCCGAUAGCGUUGGUUGCCAGUCGGCAUGCUGUCGUAGGGGAGAUUGCCAGCUUGCCGUACUUGGGACUCCAGCUGAUGGGACAGCUGAAUGUUUUCUCGUGAGCUGUGUAAAAGAUGGAAAGGAUGUCUGCGCUCUCCGGCCCAAUUCACAGUUUCAAGUUUUCCGGAAAAUGUCAGUGUCACCUCAACCAACUGAAGGCCACGGACGUCUCCACACCUGUACAGAAUGCUGCACAUCCCCUCAGCUGGUAGGUCCCUGUAAGGCUGCAUUCCUUCGUUUCUAUUAUGACAUCAACACUCAGAGCUGUAAGAGCUUCAUCUAUGGUGGAUGCCAGGGCAAUUCCAACAACUUUGUGUCUCAAGAGGAAUGUGCAUCAACAUGCAGAGGUGUAAUUGCCAAGGAUAUCCCUAAAUCAAAGGAGUCUGUUGAUAUCAAGCCCAAGGACCCUGCUGAUUACUGCUUGAUACCUUCGGAUCCAGGAAGAUGUCGUGCUGCCUUUCCAAUGUUUUACUAUGACUCCAAAGCCAUGUCCUGCCGCCAAUUCAUCUAUGGCGGCUGUGGUGGCAAUGCUAACCGCUUCACUUCUGAGGAGUAUUGUAUGAAGACCUGUCAAGGGCAGGAAGGGCAUUUCAAGGAGCAUGGUCCAACCCGUGAUCGCUGGACUCCAGCCUUCUUUCUAGUGGCCACCGUCGCAGUCAUAUCUGCAUUGCUUCUGGCAGCCGUUAUUUCCAUGUCUGUCCGCAAAUUCAAGCUGACCCGUCUCUCCCCUCUGGAUGAUAAAGAAGGUUUGCUGCCAGAGGAAGAGCUUACAUCAUACAUCGACACAGCUUAGUGAUAUAUCCACCAACUUAUUAUUACAGACUUAUCUUAUCUACAUACUCACAUCUAUCUUACACUUCUAGCCAGAAUAGUUGUGUUUUCAAUAACCUUUAUGAAACAAUCAUCAUUUAACAAGGAAAAACUCUGAGACGUUGUUAGGGAGCAAGAUGAACUAACUUUAUUAUAUCCUAAAGAAUACCCGAGUUAUUGAUUUUUUAAAAUAUUUCAUUUUAAAUGUGUGCCAUUUUUAUGUUUCUGUAGCAUGUCAUGUGGUGUCAUUGUCACAAACUGAUAAUAAAGGUAAUUCCCUGACCUGUACACAUAUCACUUUGCAAUUUCAGUAUGUAUUGUAAAAAAGAAAAGAAUAAAGAGCUUUUUACAGUUUACUGAUAAAGCUGGAGGUCAAA